UCCUCGCUGACGUAGCGCUCACGUCAUUGUGUAGGUUGAUGCUUUUCUAUGAAUGAGCCGAGAUCCCCGUUACUACGAGCCCGAUCCUAUAAAAGCCCUGCGCGCUGCGGACAGCGCAGCACCGCCACCGGCGCCGUCCCCCGCCGGGAGCCGCGGGGCCCCGGGCCCGGGCAGGGAGGCGCCGGGGCCCGCAGGAGGUAAGGCACCGGCAGGGCUGGCCCCCAGACACCGAGCCUCCCACGGCGGACGCCCCCCUGCUCUCGCUGCAGUCCAGGUCAGAGCAGCUCCCUUCGGAGCUCCCAUCCAUCGGGGUCCUGCACCCCAAGGGCAGCUCUGCCCUCACCCAGACGGGCAUGGCCACCACCAGGUCUCCAGAGGCCAGCGGGGCCGUGGUGCUGCUGAGCAGCCGCAGGCAGGGGGAUAUCACAGCCACCAGGUCUCCGCCGUGCACUUGUUGCAUCUCCCGCCGGUCCCCUUUGCCUCCUGCUUUUCCCAUCGCUGCCGCUGGCGACAGGCUGUGCACCACAUGCUUCCAGGAAGGGGAAUUUUGGGCAGCCCCGCCAGCACCCGGGUAAAGCCACAGCUUCGUUCAGCACAGCGUACUAUGGCCCAGUGCAACCACCCUGCAAAGCUGCCGCUGGCCACGGAAAAUCACCCUCCAUCCCUCGGGAAAAAAAAAACAAAACCUCCUUGCUUGUGCCCCGGGUGGGCAGCAGCAACAGCAGCGCAGUGAGGUCCAGGCUAAAGCGGCAUCCAGGUCCCUUCCACAGCAUCCCCAGGUGAGGGGGCGUCCCACAGGCUUCACCGUGGCCCCUUGGACCCCACACUCCAGCCCCGGGAAGUUGCCGGCUGCACUGUUGUUGUUUUGAAGGCCAAGUCUCUCCUGCUGACACCCUGGAAUUAGUUUUUCUUCCAGAGUCCUUAAAAAUAUCCUGGAUUUCUGACACCAGGACUCGGCUUCCGAUGGCGCUUCCAAGCUGCCGGGCCUGGGGCCAGCCGUCGGCGCCGGGGGACAGAGGCCAUCCAGCUCCCGUGCUCCUCCUCAGCACAGAGAUCCAACGGUACUGGGCAGGAACGUGGCAGUGCCGGGGAGGAAUGCAGCAUCUGCCAGGGCUGAGCCGUUACUUGCCAUUUCUCCGGCGUGAUGGUGCUCAGUGGGGCACAGGCACGGUGCAAAUGCUGCCUUACCUCAGCCUCGCUCCCGGCGGCUCGCGGCACUUCGGCAAGCGUCCCGGCGCACGGGCAGGAGGGUGGGAAGGCUCUUCCCCAGGGACCUCCAGCAGCCGUGACCCUGCGGAGCCCCACGGUUGAGGACUGGGCUGUAGCCAGGGCCCCAAGGGCUCUCCCUGGCAGGGAUUUCUCUGUGCACCCCCAGGAGAGCACGUGGCCCCCAAACCCAGCUUCUGUCCAAAGCCUACGACUUGCUACCGGCUUCGCUAAGGGGCACCCGUGCCAUGCUGGCACUGCAGGAAUUUGGGGUGGGCUGGGGGGCUUGAACUGGUGGGGGGGUGCAGGGAGAGGUGCUGCUGCUGCCCCCUCGGAAAGGCAGGGCAGCUGCCUGCCGCCCCUGGCUGCCCGCACACCUCACGCGCUGUUGUUGCCAUCUGACAGCUCUUGGCGAAACGGCCUUUUGUGAUUCAGCCGUGUUUAUCCCAGCCCGCGGCCUGGCCCAGCGUGGGUUUCCAUGGAAAACUUCCAUCCAAAACAAGGAGAGAAGGAGCUACAGCAGGAGUGACUCAGCCACAACUGGAAGCUUCUGCGGGUGAAGCGGGGAGGAGGGGGGGGGGGUGGCUGUUCCCAACAGCUUGGUCCUGCUCCAGCAGCAGGGCCCAGGGAUGGCCCCCAGCUUUCUCCUGCCCGUGCCGCUGCCUCCUCGCAGGCAGGAGCCGGGCAGGCUCGGGGGGAGCUGUGUUGUAUAACCAUCUGCGAAACACAUCACCUUCCCGGAGCACCCCCUCCCCAGCCGCCUGCGUCAGACCCUGCUUGUGGGGACAGGGGAGGAAGAGUGUGAGAUGAGUAAGGCUCAAACCCCCGGUAAGAUCUGCACCCGAUGCCAGGCUCAGCAGGACGUCGCUUUUUCCAGCGCUGCCCACGGGAGCCCCUGCCAGGCGAGCCCCGCAUGGGUGGCUGGCGCGGUGGGCAGCGGAGGGCCUGAGUCAGCGUGCGGAGCCGGGGAGGAGACGGUGGGUGUUUGCAGGGAGGGAGCAGCAGCGCUGGCAGCAUCUCUGCUCAUGCUGGUCUUCUCACUCCCACCCUCCCUGGGACAGGGGGAGAGGGCUGGGGGCUCUGCUCACUGGUGGGGGGUGUUGCAGAGUGAAGCUGUGCCCCACCGAGCCCCAGACCCCCUGCCCGUGGCAGGCUGCUAGGGAGUACAGCCCCAGGCAGGGCCCUACCUGGCCCGGGGCUGGCCCUGGGGCCACUCGGAAGGCUCUGGGGGACGGAAAGGGCCCCAUCUGGGGAGCAGAGGGGUGAAGCCCACCCCUGCCAAAACACCCAGGCUCCCGGUGCCUCUGGGUAACGCCGGUGGCCGUCCUCAGGGCCCCCCGCAGCCCAGGCCAGCAUCACAGCUGCCACCGGAGCCAGGUCUCGCCCCAUCACCCUCCCAGCAGUGCCUCUCGCUCAGGGACAGCAACUGCCAGAUGCUGUUUUGGGGGAAAAACCAACUCCCCUGGGUCAUGUGGGGUGGGGGAACAAGAAACCCCCCAGGCACCAAGCUGGGUGAGGGGGGAGCACCUCGGUCUUAUCUCCAGGCUCACCUCUGCAGGCAGCCGACGAGGGGGCUGCGCCCCGAGAGCAGCAGCACGGGAACAGCUCUGCAUCUGUGAGAGGUGGGCAGGGGCUGGCACAAGGGUGUCUCGGUGGUGGAAAAGCAGGCGGAGGGCAGGAUUCCCGGGACAAACCCCUCCAUCCAGCAGGGACAUGCAGUGAUGCCCACAGCAGCUGCUUCCCUUCGAUCGCACCAGGGGCCGAGCACAUCUUUCCUCUGCCCAUCACACAGGCACCUCCCGUGGAUGAGGGUUGUGUUUAUUUGUUUUUAUUAAUUUGUUUAAAUCGGUGCAGGAGCCAUCUUUUUACAUGCCCUGGGAAGAGGCAGGUACUGUAGCACCCCAGCUCAGCUCACCCAUCCCUCAAUACUCCUCCGCAAGCCGCCUGACAGAGCUUCCUGCAGAGCCAGGACCGUUCCGCUCGCUCACCGCAGGCCUGGGCUCCUUCCCCCUUCACAACGCCAGCGAGCUGCGGCGGUGCCAACCCCCGGGAGCGGGGAGAUGCCAGUCGGCGGCUGCGGGACUGCAGUGCAGGCUGGCGAUCGGGCAGCGCCGCUCCGCAGCAGCCGUGGCUGCAGUGCCUCCUCCACACCAUCCCGCGGAGCCGCUCGGGCAGGGGGUGAGAUUGCUGCACCAGGAGACCACCGCGGUAAGCUGUAGCUCUGUGAUAAUUAAACAGCUAACAACGGGCUGGUGAAGCGCUGUCUGGUGCCAUCCUUCCCUAGCAGCCGAGGGCUCGGGUCGGGGGCGCAGUGGAAACAAAGGCCCCUGUGCUUUGUCACAGCUGGCU